GCCAAGAACAAGUCCAUGCACACCGCCACCAACUACUACCUGUUCAGCCUGGCCGUGUCCGACUUCCUGCUGCUCGUGUCGGGCGUCCCGCAGGAGAUCUACUUCAUCUGGAGCAAGUACCCGUACGUGUUCGGCGAGGCGUUCUGCGUGCUGCGCGGCAUCGCGGCCGAGACGUCGGCCAACGCGACCGUGCUCACGAUCACGGCCUUCACCGUCGAGCGGUACGUCGCGAUCUGCCACCCGUUCCUGUCGCACACCAUGUCGAAGCUGUCGCGCGCCAUCCGCUUCAUCUUCGGCAUCUGGCUGAUCGCGAUCGUGUCGGCGGUCCCGCAGGCCCUCCAGUUCGGCGUCACCAGCCAGGGCGGCAUCGACCAGUGCGUCGUCAAGCGCAUCAUCAUCCAGCACUCGUUCGAGCUGUCGACGUUCCUGUUCUUCUUCGCCCCGAUGACGCUCAUCACCGUGCUGUACGCGCUGAUCGGCCUCAAACUGCGCACCUCCACGCUGAUGCAGCGCGAUGGCACGCUGCAGCGCUGCACCAACGUCGGCUCGAUCUCGCGCCAAUCCUUGGCCAACAGCCAGAGCACGCGGCGCGUCCUGAAAAUGCUAGUGGCGGUGGUCGUGGCGUUCUUUCUCUGCUGGGCCCCGUUCCACGCGCAGCGGCUCGUUUACAUCUACGGCGUCGACAAGGACCACCAGCCGUCCGACCCGCUCAUCCUGAAGCUGUUCGUCGUGACCACCUACAUCUCCGGUAUCCUGUACUACCUGUCGACCUGCAUCAACCCACUGCUGUACAACAUCAUGAGCAACAAGUUCCGGCAGGCGUUCAAGUCCAUUUUGUUUAGGAGACGCUGGCCCACUGCUGUCAAAUUGCGCGUCAAUCAAAUAGUAAGGAGCGAUCAUACCGACUGCUGUCCCGACGGAAGCGACGUUCCGCUGCAAACCAGGAAUCUUCCGAUAUCUCAGGCAACUCCAUCAAAGACGAGAGCCUGUACUCGUCCUCUACUCAAAAGCAGUCCUUUGACUCCGUAACGCUGUCCCGGGACCACUCGCUCAAGUGCACCGGACUGGCGGGAGCCCUCACGUCCGUCCCAA